AUGAGGAUCGCUUUCAUUCACCCAGACCUUGGCAUAGGUGGUGCUGAAAGGCUCGUCGUUGAUGCCGCUGUCUCCCUCCAGCGCCUCGGCCACGAGGUUGUCAUGUUCACUUCUCGCCAUGACCCUGCUCGAUGUUUCAUAGAAACCAAGGAUGGGACUUUGCCAGUACAUGUGCUCGGAUCUUCUCUUCCUCGCAUCCUGCAUCCCCGCUUCCCUUGUACUAUUCUGUUCUCAAUCCUCCGUUCCCUGUUCCUCGCAACCCUUCUCCUGACAUCUCUCCUGCUCCCUGAUCCCCCAUCCCCCUUCAAUCCGCUAUCUCCUCUCCCAAAAUUUGAUCUGUAUAUCGUCGACCAGCAAAGCGUGGCCAUUCCUCUACUGCGGUUUGUGAGCGGGAGCCGGGUGAUAUUCUAUUGUCACUUCCCCGAUAAGCUACUCAGUGGGGGGUGGGAUAUCAGGAUCGAUGACAAGGACUCCUAUGUGAGGCGACAAUCGGGAGUCGGGCUUCUGAAGCGCCUGUACAGAUGGCCUAUAGACAAACUUGAGCAAUGGACCACUGGUCAAGCUGAUGUGUUGGUAUCCAACUCUGAGUUUUCAUCUCGUGUAUUCCAGCUUGCCUUCCCAUCGUUAUCUCAGCAUCCACGCCGGGUUAUCUAUCCGUGUAUCGAUAUCGAAGCGUACCAAACAAAGAUUGAAGGGAAGGGACGAGCGGACGGAAGUGUUGAGUCAAUCGUAUCUGACCGGCCUACAAUAAUAUCCUUCAAUCGUUUCGAAGCAAAGAAAAACGUGGCCUUGGCUAUCAAAGCUUUCGCAGGCUUGCGUGACAGGGAAUUGGUGUCACCAAGCGAGUUUGCCGAUCUUCGGUUUGUAAUCGGGGGUGGUUACGACUCCGACGAGCAAGACAACCGUCAGACUCUUGCCAAUUUACAAUCUCUCUGCACUUCUCUUGGCAUCACCUACACGACCAUAACGAACCAGUCAGCGACUCAAGCGCCGAUUGAUCCCAAAGCGCAAGUUAUCUUCCUGCUCAACUUUACCAACGCCCAGCGCACCCAUCUUCUCACAUCCUCUUCCACCCUGUGCCUAUUGUACACCCCGGAAAAUGAGCACUUUGGUAUCGUCCCUAUCGAAGCAGCUGCAUGCGGAAUUCCUGUCCUAGCGUGCACAUCCGGAGGCCCCAUGGAGACCGUCGUAGACUUCUCCCGAUCCGAAAACGGGCAGGGCUCAGGUCUUCUCCGUCCUCCCGAUGCCGGAGAGUGGACGCAAGCUCUCUCCGAGCUCAUCCAUCUCCCGUCCUCCUCCCGCUAUUCCAUCUCCUCCUUCUCCCGCUAUCGCGCCCAACAAACGUUUUCUCUAGCCACUCUGGGAGGUGACUUGGAAGAGGCAUGUGAAGAUGCGUUGAAGAUGGGGGAUCUGCACAUGCAAAUAGGUGACAAGUUGAUUUGGGGAAGUCUGGGGCUGAUGGCGUUUGCGGUUGGAGGACUGGGGGUGAUCUGGGCGCUAGGCGGGUGA